AUGCGCUCAUUACCUGAAAGAUUCGCUUACCGAAUUGCUGCCAUUGAAGAAGUCAGAGACGUUGACACGCUCAAACUAGACGAACUCAUGGGGAAACUUCUAGCACAAGAACUCAAUCAUGGUGAAAAUCAUCGUGAAAAGUCUAGAGAAAAGAAGAUAGCCUUUCAAGCAGAAACAUCAUAUGCAACGCCCCAAAAUUCGUCAACUCAAGAAGAUGAGCAAACAGUUGAAGAAUCCUUGGCACUACUAUCGAAAAAUUUUGGGAAAUUUCUCAAAAAGAUCGAAAAAAGGGGAAAUCUUCCAAGCACAGGGAAACCCGUGAAUUUUCAAAAUUCUAGGAGAAAUUCAAAUCAAGAUAACUCAGAGGAGUCAAAACCAAGAAGAAUACAAUGUCGAGAAUGCGAAGGCUUUGGUCACAUUCAAUCAGAAUGCGCAAACACCCUGAAGAAAAAGAAGAAAAUGUCACUUACUACUGGUUGGAGCGAUGAAGAAGAAUCUGAUGAUGACCAAGGAAACAACAAUCAAGUCACUAACUUUGUAGCAUUCAGCAGCAAAGUUCCUCUGGACAGCUCAGAAUCAACUGUUGCUUCAACUGUUGCAACAGACUGUGAAACAGAAUCCAGGUAUGAAAAUAUGUGUUCUGAUUAUGACAAAAAUCUAAACGAAAAUUCUUAUUUUGCAGAGGAUCCGAACAGCAGCAGUGAUGAGGAAGAACCAACCUUGGAUGAAGUAAAUGAGGUAUAUGAAAAAAUGUACCAAAAAUGGCUCGACGUCGUUAAGGUAAAUAACUUCCUGGAAAAGGAGAAGUUUGUGCUUGUAGAGGAAAACAAGACACUAAAGGUAAGAAUCUCUACUCUUGAGGAAAGGGUCAUAUCUAGUGAUCAAGAGAAAAAUAGUUUGCAGGGUAAACUUACUCAAACUCAAGAAGCAAUUGCAAAAUUGAACUUGGGUAGAGGUAAUCUAGAUGAAAUCCUAAGCAACAACAAGCCAAACUAUAAUCGUCUAGGCAUAGGAGGGAGUCAGCUACCCAAAGCUGAUCUAAAGCAAAAGGAAGAUCAAAACAGAAAAAUCAACUUUGUUAAACAAGCUUCUGUCUCACAAACAGUUGCAACUGUUGAAGCAACGAAACACGAUUCAAAGAAAAAGUUUAUUCCCACUUGUUUUUUCUGUCAAAAACUAGGUCACAUACGUCCUAGAUGUUUCAAAUAUUUAAAACUUGUGAAAAAGCUUGUGGCUCGUUCUCUUUACUCUGCUAGGGCUGAUUAUUUUCCUUCACCCUCUCAAAAACCCAAAAAUAAAAUUGAUAUUUCCAAUAGACCUCAGCAAAAAAUUUGGGUUGAAAAGUCCACGUCUAAAUGCUUAUCUGCGAUUACUUCUUUAAAAGCAAGUACUACUAAUGAUUGGUAUUUUGACAGUGGGUGUUCACGACAUAUGACCGGUGUUAAAGAGUUUCUGAAAAACUAUCAACAAAUCACCGGUGGAGCUGUUACCUUUGGAAACGGAAAAAAGGGUGAAGUGCUAGGGAAAGGAUCGCUAAAUCAUGAGAAUCUGCCAAAGCUGAAGAAUGUACUACUUGUAGAAGGACUCACGUCAAAUCUGAUAAGCAUCAGCCAGCUAUGUGAUCAAGAUCUUGAAGUCAGAUUCAACAAAUUCGCAUGUCGAGUAUUAGACAAAGAUGAGAAUUGUGUUAUUCAAGGAACUCGAUCAUCUGACAACUGCUAUAUUCUUGUCUCUGCUGGACCACUGGAAGAGGAACCAACAAAGGAAUCGGAAAACAGCUCCAGUGUCGCACCAACAGUUCCAACAGUUGAUGCAGCCUCUACCAUUUCAGAAGAAAGUGACGUCAAUUCUGAAACAGGAGACGAAGCUGAAGUCAGGCCUCUCGAAUUGGAUGAUCAAACUCACAAGGAACCCUCAAGAAGAGUCAAGAAGAAUCAUCCAGUGGAUCAAGUCAUUGGCCCGGUAGAAGAAGGAAUUCAAACCCGAGGCUUUAGCGAUGCUGAUUGGGCAGGUGAUGCAGACGAUCGAAAAAGCACAACUGGAGGAUGUUUCUAUCUUGGGAACAAUCUCGUGUCCUGGUACAGCAAAAAACGGAAUAGUAUCUCGCUUUCCACUGCUGAAUCGGAAUAUAUCGCCGCUGGUAGUUGUUGUGCCCAACUCUUAUGGAUGAAACAAAUGGUAUGUGAUUAUGGUAUUAGUCAAGAUUUAUUGCAUAUUUAUUGUGACAAUGUGAGUGCGAUUAAUAUUUCCAAGAAUCCAGUACAGCACUCUCGAACUAAGCAUAUUGAAAUUCGCUACCAUUUCAUUAGAAAUCUUGUAGAGGAAGGAACUGUCUCAUUAGAGUAUGUCACAACGGAGAAACAACUUGCUGACAUCUUUACUAAACCCCUAGAUGCACAAAGGGUUUCUCCACCGCCAUCGUCGCUAGUGACGCCACCGUCGCCGCCAGUGACGCCGCCGUCACCCUUCAACUAUUCUCCACCGUCUUCUCCGCUGCCACACUCUCCGGCUGCCCAAUCGUCUCCACCACCAGUUGAACCGACAUCGCCGCCGUCGUCAACCACCGCACCGGCUUCACCCCCACCGCCGCCAUCCUCGUCGGUCAACAAAGGCAAGGGCCCUGCCACCACACCACCGCCGCUCCGUCGCUCCCGUCGACGUGCUACUCACUCUGCCUCGUCUUCCGCUCAACCCACCACCUCUGAUGACUCUGCACCCGAUCCCGUGGUGCCUAUAUCUGCCGUCGAUGCCUUUAAUUCUCGGUUCUUUCUCCGAGCGAAUCAAAUCCGAUGGCGUCUGAAGAAACUCGACUAUUUUACUGCCCUUGCUCAGAAAGGGGGAGAUUAUUCUUCAGGGGGAGUUGACAACGAAGCAUCAACGGAACCGCAUACAGGGGGAGCUGAUGCAGCCGCUGGAACUACUACUGAUCCAACUGUCGUUGCUCCAACUGCCUCUAAAAGUCUGCUAGGCUUAACUCUGUUCUUCUUUUGA